CCUGACUGCCAACCUAUCAAAUAUGGUGAAUUAAUAGUAUUAGGUUAUAAUGGCCACCUACCAAACGGUGAUAAAGGUAGAAGAAAGAGUAAAUAUAUAUUAUAUAAACGAGUUAAAGCCAACGGUGUAAAACCAUUCAGGCGUCAUCUUGUCACCUGUCCACAGUCUUCUAAGGCAGUUCAAGAUUCAGCUCUCCACUCAGUAUCCUACACACUGUCUAGAAAUAAAGCUAUUAUAGUGGAAUAUCAAAAUGAUGAAGAUACAGACAUGUUUCAGAUUGGAAGAUCCUCUGAGAAUCCUAUAGAUUAUGUUGUCAUGGAUACGAUACCAGGUCCAGUACGAAGUAAUAGUGAGAUAGUUACCCAGAGUACAAUAUCACGGUUCGCUUGUCGUAUUAUUGUUGAUCGUAAUCCACCCUAUACCUGCCGUAUUAUAGCAGCCGGCUUCGAUGCAGGCAAAAAUAUAUUUUUAGGGGAGAAGGCUGUGAAGUGGUAUUCAGGAGAUGAGAUAGAUGGAUUAACAACUAAUGGUGUAUUUAUAAUGAAACCUCAGGGAGGAUUUGCUGCUAGCUCUAAACCGGGUGUAUGGAGAGAGGUGUCCGUAGGGGGAGGGGUCUUUCCAUUACGAGAGUCACGACCUUCACCUUUAAAAGGUUGUCAGAUAGGUGAUGAAGACAAUAUAUUACGUGAUGGUACGUUGAUAGAUUUAUGUGGUGCUACCAUGUUAUGGAGGUCAGCUUUAGGAUUGAUUUCAGCACCGAGUGAACAUGAAUUUGAACAUUUAGUGAGUGAAAUAAAUGCUGGACGUCCACAAUGUCCAGUAGGCUUGAACACCUUAGUCCUUCCAACACGUGGUUCGUUAAAUUUACACGAUAAACAGCCAUAUGUGUAUUUACAUUGUGGACAUGUUCAUGGUAAACAUCAGUGGGGAGUGACAGAGUCAGAGAGUACCAGAACUUGUCCUUUAUGUUUAACUGUUGGACCGUUUGUAAAAUUACAGAUGGGAUGUGAAUUAAGUUUAUACAUGGAUUCUGAACAUCCGACAUAUUGUUUUAAUCCUUGUGGACACGUAGCUUCGGAAAAUACAGUCAAGUAUUGGGCUCAUGUGGCUGUUCCCCAUGGUUGUCAUGGCUUCCGGGCAAUAUGUCCCUUCUGUGCUUCACCCUUAACUGGUAGUCCUGGUUACGUGAAAUUAAUAUUCCAAGAUCAUGCUGAUUAA